AUGAAUGAAAUAAUUCAAACAUUACAUGUAUUAAAAUAUUUCUAUUGGAUUGUUGGUCUACAUGAUCGAAAUGGUUUUAAACCAAAAGAUUUAGAUGGAAAUCGACCAACACGUGAACAAAUUAUUGAAAUGAGACGUUAUAUGUUACUCUGUUUAAAACAACUUGUUAUAAUUCAUGAAGAUGAUAAUCGUAUUGAUGAAUCAGAUAUGGCUGUAAAUCUUAUGUCUGAACAUCCAAGAACAAUGGUACCUGCAUUUGAUCGUCGACAAGGAUUAAGAACGGUUUUUAAAUUAUUAGCAAGUGGAAGUGAAAUAACACGUUUACAAGCAUUAAAAUUAUUAGGAUUUUUUCUUCAACGAAGUACAGUGAAACGAAAAACUGAUACUAUGCAACCAUAUAAUCUAUUUUCAUUAUUGGCUGAUCGACUUUUACUUCAUCCAAAUAGUUUUACAACGACUACUUAUAAUGUUCUAUUUGAAAUACUUGUGGAAAAAGUAAGUGGAUUAGUUAAAAAACGAAGUUCAGAAAUUACAGCUGAUUGGAAAAUUAAAAAUCCAGCUAUGAUCAAAGUAAUUGCAACAUUACUUCGAAAUGAAGCUGAUAAUAUUCAUUUAUAUGAUAUUAAAUUACGUUUUCUUGAUGAUUUAGUUUUACUUGCAUUUGCAAGUCGAGAAAAUCGAAGAACUAUUUUACAAAUGUCUGUUUGGCAAGAUUAUUUAUUUGGUCUUGCUUAUGUUUAUCCAGCACAAGAAAUACAAUUCGAAAUAACUGAUCGAGUAUUUGAUUUAUUAAAAAUUUUAUUACAUCAUACUAUUAAAUAUGAAUAUGGUGGAUGGCGUAUAACUAAAGAAGAUUAUUAUCGAAAAGUUAAUAAAAUUGUUGAAAGCAUGAAAGAUGAUGAUGAAAAUGAACCUAAAGUACCAAUUACUCCAAGAAAACUUAGUGGUUCACAAACUUCAAUCGAUGAACAAACUGCUUCAACACCUACAAGUAAUGAUUCGACUAAAUCAAUAACUGAAACAAUAAAUAAUCCAGAUAAUCAAAUAUUUUGUGCUAAUGUUAUACAUAUAAUAUCUCAAAAGGCAUAUGUCUUAUGUAAUGCAUGUAGUGGUCUUUUACCUUUAUUUGCAAGUGCAAUAUCAGCAUCUCAUGAAAUUGAAUUAUUAGAAAAUAUGGAAGGUCUAUCACCUAAAGAUGCAUUAAAAAUUAAAAAACGUGUUAUGAAUUUAUCAGGUUUAUUUAUACUUGCAAAUACUGGAAAUUUUUCUAAACUUGAAUAA